GUACAGCAGAGCUGGGUGAGCUGGCCAGAUUGCAUCUGCGAGCGCAAAAGUCAACGCUAAGCAGGUUUGGGAUAUGUGUACCUAUUAUAUCAAUUAAUAUCAAAUAAAAUCUAAGCUAUUACUAGGUUAGCUGGCUAGGAAAUCUGGCCGUUACUGCACAUACAAUACUACAUACAUACAUACAUCGCCAUCACUACUUCCACAUUUCCAAUCCUCAAUUCUUACGCGCCCAUAAUCCCACCAUUCUACAUUCCUUCCCUCUUCCUUCUAUCGAUACCAUUUACUUGUUUUACUACCAAGUAAUUCUCCCAUCUACUGCUAACCUCCACCACGAGACCUAUUCAUUCCCACUUGUAUCACGCUUAACAUCUCUUCAUCAUGUCCGAUAUACAAGAAUUCCUCGAAAUCCCCAAGGACUUCGUCAAGGACGGCACGCAAUUCAUGACACGGUGUACCAAGCCGGAUAAGCGAGAGUUCAUACAGAUCUCCAAGGCCGUCGGCGUGGGUUUCUUGGUCAUGGGAGCCAUCGGCUACCUGAUAAAACUAAUUCACAUCCCCGUCAACAACAUUCUCGUCGGCGCCGCAUAAAUCCUUCUACCUAGUUACUCGGGAUCUCGAUGAUGAAAGGCGUAGGGGCCAGGUACUUGGAGCAGAUGGUGAUCAAGGCGAUGUAUGGUAGAAAAAAAACCUAGGGGGGGGUGAACACCCUGAUGCUCUGCUGCGAAUCAUUGAUGGCAGUGUGAUAUAAUACGAUGUACCAUUCAUAAUCGCGGCUUGGGUCAAAAAGAAAACACAUCGGUUUUGCUCAAUAAUUCAAGAGGGGCAAGCUUGGGAGGUCAUUGAAUAUAUUUAUGUAUUUGUUAUGCUCUCCCACUCGGAUUUCAUCAAGUCGUUACAUGACAUUGCAUCUCAACAUCUUGAGAGAACGAACGACAACCUGAACAAGACCAGCUAAUAUCACUUUGUGUCUCCGUCCAAACCCUUGCAUAUAAAUAUCAUGUGCCUUGAUAUUCUUGCGCCAGAUAUUCGUAAGUUCAUAGAUAAUUGUCCAACAGAAAGCAAAUCGCGACUAUCCAGCCUGUUCAAUAUCCGCUGUCAUAAUAAAGAAGCAGCUAUAAUUUAAGAUACCUAGAAAUUGUCAUCAUCUCCCUUACUCUCAUUCUCGUCCGAGUCUAGGGAUAUAUCAUGACCAGGGUCUGAGCUGUUCAUCGUAGUCGGCACCCAUCUCGGGUUCUCCCUCGUCAAACGAAGACUCAUUAUAAGAAUGUAGUGUGAUCAUGCCCUGAGCAUCGCCUCGGCUAACUAAUGAGGAUG